AUAGCCAAUCAGCGCCAGCGCUGCCGGGAACCUACCUGUCAGCAAAAUCCCGACACUCAAACCUCAACAUAAAUCAAACACUUCCCUGGGCAGGGAAUGUCUGUGUCAGGCAAGAAUUAGAGACGAGCGGUCAGCAGAGUCUUGGUGCCGAUCCUUCAAGCCUGGGAGCCUGGGAGCAGGAAGAUGUCGAAUGAACUUGAUUUCAGGUCUGUGCGGCUGCUAAAGAACGACCCAGUCAACUUCCAGAAGUUCCCCUACGCCAAUGAGGAUGAGGCCUGGAAGACCUACCUGGAAAACCCCUUGACAGCUGCCACGAAGGCCAUGAUGAGAGUCAAUGGGGACGAUGACAGUGUUGCAGCCCUGAGCUUCCUCUACGAUUACUACAUGGGCCCCAAGGAGAAGCGGAUACUGUCCUCCAGCACUGGGGGCCGGAAUGACCAAGGAAAGAGGUUCUGCCACGGCAUGGAAUAUGAGGUGGACCUCGCCCCGCUUGAGAGCCCCACGCACCUCAUGAAAUUCCUGACGGAGAAUGUGUCUGGAGUCCCCGAGUACCCAGACGUGCUCAAGAAGAACAACCUGCUGAGCUUGGAGGGAGCCGCGCCCACCCUGGGCAAGGCAGCUCCCCUCCCCCCAGGCCCCAGCAAGCUGGAAGCGGGCUCUGUGGACAGCUACCUGCUGCCCACUGGCGAUGUGUAUGAUAAUGGCUCCCUCAACUCCUUGUUUGAGAGCAUUCAUGGGGUGCCGCCCACACAGCGCUGGCAGCCUGACAGCACCUUCAAAGAUGACCCACAGGAGUCGCUGCUCUUCCCAGAUAUCCUGAAAACAUCCCCGGAACCCCCAUGUCCAGAGGAUUAUCCCAGCCCCAAGAGUGACUUCGAGUACACCCUGGGCUCCCCUAAAGCCAUCCACAUCAAGUCAGGCGAGUCGCCCAUGGCCUACCUCAACAAAGGCCAGUUCUACCCGGUCACCCUGCGGACGCCCUCAGGCAGAAAAGGCCUUGCCUUGUCCUCUGACAAAGUCAAGAGCGUGGUGAUGGUCGUCUUCGACAACGAGAAGGUCCCAGUGGAGCAGCUGCGGUUCUGGAAGCACUGGCAUUCCCGGCAGCCCACCGCCAAGCAGCGGGUCAUCGACGUGGCCGACUGCAAAGAAAACUUCAACACCGUGCAACACAUCGAGGAGGUGGCCUAUAAUGCGCUGUCCUUCGUGUGGAACGUCAACGAGGAGGCCAAGGUGUUCAUUGGCAUCAACUGCCUCAGCACAGACUUCUCCUCGCAGAAGGGGGUGAAGGGUGUCCCCCUGAACCUGCAGAUCGACACCUAUGACUGUGGCUCGGGCCCCGAGCGCCUGGUGCAUCGCGCCGUCUGCCAGAUCAAGAUCUUUUGUGACAAGGGAGCAGAAAGGAAGAUGCGGGAUGAUGAGCGGAAGCAGUUCCGGAGGAAGGUCAAGUGCCCCGACUCCAGCAACAAUGGCAUCAAGGGCUGCCUGCUCUCCGGCUUCAGGGGUAAUGAGACCACCUACCUGCGGCCUGAGGCUGACCUGGAGACUCCGCCAGUGCUGUUCAUCCCCAACGUGCACUUCUCCAGCCUGCAGCGUCCUGGAGGGGCAGUGCCCUCGGCGGGACUCGGCGGCUCCAACAGGCUCCCUCUGAAGCGCACCUGCUCGCCCUUCGCUGAGGAGUUUGAGCCUCUGCCCUCCAAACAGGCCAAGGAAGAUGAUCUGCAGAGAGUUCUGUUGUACGUGCGGAGGGAGACUGAGGAGGUGUUUGAUGCCCUCAUGUUGAAGACUCCAGACCUGAAGGGGCUGAGGAAUGCGAUCUCUGAGAAGUAUGGGUUCCCUGAGGAGAACAUUCACAAAGUCUACAAGAAAUGCAAGCGGGGAAUCUUGGUCAACAUGGACAACAACAUCAUUCAGCAUUACAGCAACCACGUCGCCUUCCUGCUGGACAUGGGGGAGCUUGACGGCAAGAUUCAGAUCAUCCUUAAGGAGCUGUAAGGCCCGAGUGUCCACACCCUCAGACCCCCUGGGGGAGGCUCCAGGCAAGGAGCCAGCUGGGCAGAGGCCCCACGCCACACACAACCUCUCCUCAUGCCUCAGUGCCGUUACUUGAAUGCCUUCCCUGAGGGAAGAGGCCCUCGAGUCACAGCCCCACAGAUGUCAGGGCCAGGGCCAGACAUGGGAGGCGUCCUGAUCCGAACCUCCAUCUCACGCUUGAAUCCACUCUGCACUUCCGGCCAGCGCCUGUCCAGCCAGAGACGGUGGCAUCUUGGUCAACAUGCCCAACAAACUGUUUCCUCCUCAGAAGACCCUUUUCUGCAGUCGAUUUCCUGUGGGCUGCCUGUUCAGACGGCGGAAGCAGACCCACUCUUGAUUCUUCCAUCAACUUCAGACCAAGGAUUUCUCACCUUUUGGUCAGUUAACUUGAAAACUCUUGAUUUUCAGUGCAAAUAACUUUUAAAAGACACUAUAGUGGAAACACUCUCUUCCUCACGGACUUCCUAAAUGCAAGAUGUAAAUAAUAGAGCUGAUCAACUAGAACAAAGUGGCCGCUGUGUAAACGACCGCCAGGCCCGCUCACUGUUGUAUACAUUUCUUAUUUACAGUUUUCAUUUAUGUUAUAUAUAUAUAAGUAUAUAUUGUAUAUAUAUGCAACAUUUUAUAUUUUUCAUGGAUACAUUUUUAUCAUUUCAAAAAAUGUGUAUUUCACAUUCCUUGGAUUAUUUUUUUUAGCUGUUAUUCAAUUAUGCAUUUUGUUUACUGCUAUGGUAUUUAGUAAUAAAAUUCCACCUAUGUAUUAC